GUGUCAUUUUGUAACUAUUUUGGGGAAACUCUUUGAGGAUCAUUGUUCUGCCUCUACAAGAGGAAUUCCCUUUUUUAUGUCCUGGAAGAGUCUUUGAAAAGGUGCUCGGUUUCAUCAGGAGAAUGUCCUGUAUGUGUUUGCUGACCUGAGAAAGGAACGGUGCAUGGCCAGCUUUUUGUUGAAAUAAGUGUUUAACUAUGUAUAGCAUUAGUGUCAGUAUAUUCAUAAAGAGAAAUUCUAUCUCUAAAAUACCUUGACCAACACCCUUCUUUAACGCUCUACCUGACCACAAAGUGACUACACCCGUCAAACAUUAUCUACCACUGUAAAAGUAUAUUUCAUUAUGGAUUGAGUGGGAAACACAUUUAAAAAUAGGGAUGUUAGUUUUCAUAUAAUACACUUAUAUUUAAUAUCAAAUAGUUAUGUCUAAAUACUCUAUUUAAUUUGUUAAUUCAGGAUAAUUCAUAGGAAUUUAAUUCAACCAAAUUCAUAGGAUAAUUCAACCAAAAAUUAAUUGAAAAAAAAUGUGUCAUCUACUCUCCCUGAAUGUCACCCUGAUAUUUUGAAGGGGGGAAAUUGGGUUAUUUUUUACUUUCAUAUUAUGUACACAAAAAAAACAAAAACAAAUUAACAAACAAAAAAACACAAAAAUUUUCUAAAUAUCAUCUUUUUACACUUAAACGUACCUCGGGUCUUCAGCGACCUGGGACGUCAUUCACCCUCCACCUCAUUCAUUUUUUCAUACAGGUUCGUACGUGUUUGAAAUGACGUUAAGGGGAGUAAAUUAAUUUAAAAUGUAAAUUUAAAACUAAGUGAAAUUAUAACAAAUCAUUUUAAUACAACCCCAAAUCCAGAAAAUCUGGGACAUUUUGUCAACUGUAAUAAUAAUCUAUGAUUUGUUAAUCUUCUUUAACCUUUAUUUAACUGACAAAAGUACCAAAUAAAUUCAAUUCCAAUGUUUUCACUGGCCAAAUGAAUUGGAUUUUGUAUAGAUAAACCAAUUUUGAUGGUUGCUAUACACACUCCAGUUUCAGUUGUUGCCCUGAACUAUCUGUUCAGUCAGCAAUACUGAUGACAAAAUUGUUUUGUAAACUUAGUUACCAGAUCUGAAUUGCUAUCAGUGAAAAGAUCACUGGAGAGUCUCGUGUUGCUCUCUUCUUUGUCAAGUUUUCUCUCACACCCUUUUCCUCUGUAUAAAUACUGAAUCUGGAAGAAAGGAAGGAGAAGUUCCUCAUCAAGAGUUUGUGCAUCCAAAAGUUUGUCUCAGGAUGAUCAGGCUGCUCCAGUUAUUGUGUCUCGCUGGUGUCCUUCUACAGUGUGAAGGUCAGGCUCAGGGUCUUUCAGCAUGCCUUACGAACCCUACAUACAGACUGGCAGAAAAUGCCGAUAUGACAGUGACUUGUGGAACCGAUCAGAUGUCUUUAAGAGUUUUCCUGUGUCCAAUGUAUUUUGGGGGAUACAACGAAUCUCUAAUGGCCCUCAAUGCUAAGUUUAACAUCCCAGCCUGCCGUGGAGUAGCAGACUGGUCUGCCAAUCCUCCCGUCUUGAUGUUUAACUUCUCGAUCUCCCAGGAUGCGCUCACCCUUUGUGGCAACAAUAUGAAUAUCACAAGUCAAGUGGGCACAGGAUUAUUCUCAGAGUUCUCCCAAGUCCAGAACGUUAAUAUAUCUGGAUUAAUCAAUUCCUGGGAUCCCAGUGUUAGCGGCAUCACUUACAGGCAACAACUGAUGUACCAGUUUUCAUGCCUGUAUCCGCUCCAGUAUUUAAUCAACAACACCGAGCUCAGCGUGUCAGGAGUGAGUCUAGCUGUAAAGGAUAACAACGGCACCUUCAUCAGCACUCUAAGCAUGAGUCUUUUCAGUACUGCCAACUAUACUAGCAAACUACAGAUACCAGGAACUGGGCUUAUGUUGAAAACUCGCAUCUAUGUGAAGGUCAAGGCAACAAAUCUCACAAACAAGUUCAAUGUGUUGCUGGACCGCUGCUAUGCCACAACAAACCCAUAUCCAAUCAGCAGCACCUCCUAUGAUCUUUUUGUCGGGUGUACUCGUGAUCCCCAGACAGUAAUCGAGUUAAACGGGAUAUCCCAAGAAGGUCGGUUCUCUUUUGAGGCUUUCCGCUUUGUGGAACAUAAGAACCAGACCACCUCCACUUUCUACCUGCAUUGUGUUACCCGACUCUGUGAGAACUCAUCUUGCGCCAACUUGCUUCCGAGAUGCUUAAGGAAGAGAGAAGUAAGACAAGUAAACCCUACAGAGAACCCCUCUAAUGAUGUAGCCACUGUCACCUCAGGACCAAUCACAACCAGAGUUGACAAUGGUGGCCUUGUGCCCGCUAGAUUGACCUCAUCAGCAUCCAUCCCUCAACUGACCUAUGUUGGCAUAGCUACUGGCUUGCUGAGCUUCUUUCUACUUGACUGGUUCUCUACAUCAAUACUUGCAUGAUGAUCUACAUCAGGAUUUGGGAACUCCUUGCCUCUUGAUUGAACACAACAGUCUUAGAAAUUCUCUCAGAUGAUGCAAACAUGUGAGAAAAUAUAUGUCAGUUAUCAACACCUCUGUUUUUCAAUUUGGUAUAUAGAAUAUUGUUUUGUAAUUGUGACCUUUUUUGUCCUAAGUUUUAUGAUCUUCUAUGAGAACAAGGAAAAAGAGAAAAGAAAGUUUCAGUCUGUAGUAUACAAAAUGCCUUUUUAAACUGAAAAGUGAAGUCUAUAAUGCAUGCAAUGCUGUUCUUGGGUAAAAUAUAUGCACUAUGUAUGUAAUAAUUUUACAUUUAAACUUAUAUAAAACUGUUAGAAUCUG